AUGGAGAUCUCAAGACUUCAAUCAUUGACUUUAUAUCUCAAUAUUUCAUACAAUUCAUUGACAGGAAGAUUGGCUUCCCUGGGAGGAAUGCAAUAUAUUCAAGCCAUAGAUAUCUCAUCUAACAAACUAUCAGGACCUAUUCCUGGCGAUAUUGGUAGUUGCUCAAGAUUGCAGUACCUGAACCUUGCCAAAAACAAAUUGGAGGGAAUGGUGCCAAUGUCAAUAGGGCAGCUUAAGAGCCUUGAAAGUAUUGACAUGUCUUUCAAUGAGUUGUUUGGACCAGUACCACGUUCUAUUGCAAAUCUCACCAUGCUUCGGCAUUUAAAUUUCUCAUACAACAACUUGAAUGGAUCAGUCCCAAAUCAAGGAGAUCUCAAAAACCUAAUUGCAACAUCAUUUUUGGCAAAUCCAGGAUUAUGUGCAGCCUCGGGCUGGUUGAAUUUACCAAAUUGUGCAAGCUCAACCGGAAAUCAUUAUGCAUUGAGCAGAAACAUUGUCUUGGGUGCUUCAAUUGGCACUAUCUUCACAUUGUGUUGUAUUAUGGGAGUAUUUUACGUUUUCUACAGAAGAAUUAAAAGGGCAUCAAUCAUAAAUAGCUUGUUGGGGGAAGGUUUCAUGCAAAUUUCUAGCCAGGAACUUCAUACAGCAACCCAUGGAUUUAGUCCCGCUAAUUUAUUAGGCAAUGGCAGCUUCGGGUCAGUUUUCAAAGGGCUCUUGUUUGAUAACAGGUUGGUGGCUAUAAAGUUAUUCAAUCAGGAUCCUCAAAAUUCAUACAAGCAUUUUGUCAAGGAAUGUAGAGUAUUGAGAAAAAUCAGGCACCGCAAUCUGGUCAAAGUCUUGUCCUCUUCCUCCAUUGGAGAUUUCUGGGCUCUAGUUCUGAAAUUUAUGUCACAAGGGAGCCUAGAACAGCACCUCCACGGGGAUGAAACUAGAAUGUGUAGCUUGAGUUUGAAGAUGAGAGUGAAUAUUUCACUUGAUGUGGCACACAGGAUGGCGUAUCUACACCAUGAUCGUUCUUCCCUUGUUGUUCAUUGUGACAUGAAACCCUCAAAUGUGUUAAUGGAUGAAACCAUGACAGCCCAUGUGGCUGAUUUUUGA